AUGGAGUUGUGUUUGGUGGGGGUCUCAGCUAAAGCAUCUGGAGACCCUAGAUUUACUUCAGGUCAGCAGUCCCCACUGGAGAAAAAAAUGCUGAAUCUAGGGCAAGCAGCAAGACAACUGAUAACUCAAAAAUAUCAAGAAGAGUAUGAAGCAUUCUGUAGGGAGCAAGAUCUUUCUCUUGACUACUGGCUUGCCAAAACGGAGUCUUACUAUAAUAAAAGAUCAGUGGGAAUGAUGAAAGAGCAAGAGACAGGCAAUGAAAUCAGGAAGAAAUUGGAGGGGAAAACAACCCAAAGCAUAGAGAGAAAAAAGGGUACUAUUUGGUACCAGAGAGUGAGAGAUGAAACACAUAUAGAAGCAAUACAUCAAGCAGGACAGGUGAAAGAAUUUCAGAAGAAAAUGUUUGGACAAUUAAUACGAUCCCAUAGUGAACCAACAUUCCCAAAAAUUGUGCCAGAAGAACAUGGUGUCCAGAAUGCACAGAGAAUAAAACAGGUAAAUGAGAGGGAACAGAUACAAAUUAAACAUCACCUGGAAUGCAUGAUUCAAGGGAGAGAACUCAUAGAGAAAAUACUCAAGGAAAGAAUCUUGAGAAAAAGCCAGAGUCAGCCACCUGCACAGGAGAAGCAUGAAAGAGUAAAGGAAGAGAUAAAAGAGUUUGAAAGUGUUACUGCAUAUCCACUUUUCCAGCCACGCAGUAGAAUUUGCAUUAAAGUGAAUAUUCUUAUGGAAAAGUCUCAGAAUAGAGAAGAGAAUACAAUUAUAAAAUCAUAUCAAAGAAAAUUCUUAACCAUGACUCCUUUUUUGAGAAGUCAAAUAGGAAAAAUAAAAGAUUAG